AAUAAUAAUCAAAAUAACAAGUGCCGGGAAGUGUCAAAAGAUUACCUAGACUGUCGCAUGCAAAAACAGUUAAUGGUUAAGGAAGACUGGGCCAAACUUGGAUUUGGUGAUUUAGUUGGUGAGAACAAAAAUUAAUAGUCAUGAAAGUACUAAUUGGAUGUACAGGAAGUGUGGCCACAAUAAAAGUCAAUGAACUAGUGGAUCAGCUGAAGAAUAAUAACUUUGAAGUACAGACCAUUGCGACAAAGUCUGCACAGCAUUUUCUAAAGACAGACAUAAUAGACUGCAAAGUUUGGAAUGACGAAGAUGAGUGGAAUGUGUGGAAAGAUAGAGGCGACCCUGUUCUGCAUAUUGAACUUAGAAGAUGGGCAGAUAUUUUUAUUAUAGCACCUUUAGAUGCCAACAGCCUUGCAAAAAUUGCUCAAGGCAUAUGUGACAACCUCCUCACUUGUACAGUUCGAGCAUGGGACUUAGCAAAGCCUCUGCUUUUCUGCCCAGCAAUGAACACACACAUGUGGAAUCACCCACUUACAGCGGAGCACAUUAACAAGCUGAAAGCAUUUGGCUACAUUGAGAUACCUUGCAUAUCUAAAACUUUAAUCUGUGGUGAUUCAGGAGCAGGUGCCAUGGCAGAAAUUAAAACAAUAGUCGACCAAGUUGUAAAGAUUUCAAAAGGAAAAGUUUGAAAAUAAACUAUGUCAAGUAUACAAA